AUGAGCGAUGGUUUCGAAGAGCUAGGACCGCGUAGUUUGUUGCCUAAUCCGCGACGACUCAAGUAUGCCGUCGACGGCGAGGUUCCUGAGAUCCUCUAUACCCUUAACCAUGUUAACCAGAAUAGACAUUUCAUUGGGCGCUUGCGAAGCUCCAAACCAUUUGAGAACGUGACUAGCUACGAAAUCAAGGACGAUGAAACCGACGAGGGUGGCGAACUUGUCAAAAAGCCCAUCUUCGAGAUUGUUACCAAUGUGUGCAUUGAGGGGAGGAGCAUCGAUAACAACAGACACAUAGCUCAUCCUCGUCGCGUAAAUCCUAACUUGGAUCGACCCAUCACAGCGGCUUUUGACAACGUCGACUAUCGAAGCGAUGGCUAUUAUACUGAGGAAGAGCAAUAUUAUGACCCGCCUGGAACCCCUCAGGUAGAAACGCCGCUCAUGGUUAUCUAUUCAAAUCAUCUCCUCAAUGCUCUCAGAGCUGUCAUCCGAUACUACCCGAACAUCAACCUCAAUGGGAAGUCGGUUCAGAUCAGCGCACCCUAUCGUGUACUCUACCAUCACCGCUAUGAGCUGUCCGAGUAUCGUGAUAACCAGCCUGAUGAGCAUAGCGUUGAGUAUGCUGAGACCACAGCGCACCACAUCGAUGUUCUUCUCAAGUUUCUUGGUGAGAACUUCAAAGAUGAGAUUGCCAAAGAAGAAGAGCGUCACAAGCUUGAGACUCCUACAGCCACAUUUGACUAUUUCUGGCUCCUUCUUAAGCCGGGUCGAGUCAUCUACGUGAAGAAAUUCGACAUUUGGACCCCCUUGGUUAUUAGCAGUGUCAGCAUUGGAAACCGUCUCCACGGUGGCCUGGACAACUAUAGACUUAGCUGCUGGUCGCUGGAAUCCAAUGGCGCCAAGGUCAGUCGAUUCAUGGAGAGCGUCAUUGUGACUCCGUGGCCAGGGGAACAAGUUAUCAGCUCGCUGUCUGUUAUUCCUGCGGACUUUUGGAAAGAUGACCUUGAAGCCCAGGGUGGCCUCCCAAUGCGUGAAAAGAUGAUCGAAGAAGGCAAGCUAUACUGGGAGCUCCUGAAGCGACCUACCUACAUGGAGUAUGAUGGCCUUCUCGUCAACUCUGGCUCCGGCAGCAGACUUCCUGGUGGUGCGACUGGCUUCAUGAACGGCCGUGUCAUUUGCGAUGCCUCGGGUUUCGACAAGUUCUUUGAGUCAUCCCCGGAUUGGGAUGGAAGGCGAUAUCCUCAACCUCAUCGCCGCCGUGUGACUCAGGGCAUUCCUAACAAAGAUUUCCUUCCCCUGAAUCUCCCAAGAUGCGGCUGCACUGUUUGUGAUAAAGAUCGAUCUAGGGAGAACGACGGUUUCUUUGUCGGAUUUGAGGAUCUCGAUCCUCUAUGCGACACUCCUCCCGACAACGAUCUUUUUUACUUUGUUCUCAGCAAGACAAUUCCAGGCUUCAUCCUUGGUACUCGCCGCUGGGGAAAUCUUCAUGUUGCCAAUCUCAGCCCAGUUAAGCCCGACAAGGAGGCUUUCAAAUAUCUCGUCUUGGACGAUGACAUCAAGAUGACCGUGAGGGCCCUCAUCGGCCAAUACACCACCGGUGUUGAUGGCCAGGUUGCUCCCUGGGGCAACGACUUCAUCCGCAACAAGGGCGAGGGCCGCAUCUUCCUGCUCCACGGUGCCCCAGGCGUCGGAAAGACAUGCACCGCCGAGUGUAUUGCCGAGCUGACCAACCGUCCGCUCAUUUCGCUCACCAGCGGCGAUCUGAGUGUCGACUCGUUCCGUGUCGAGUCCAACCUCAAUUACUUCCUCGAGCUGGGCCAGCGCUACGGCGCCCUCGUCCUGCUCGACGAGGCCGACGUCUAUCUCGAGCGCCGCCGCGCAAAGAACAUUUCCCGCAACGGCCUCGUCUCCGUCUUCCUCCGUGCCCUGGAGUAUUACCGCGGCGUUCUCUUCCUCACCACCAACCGCGUCCGCUCCUUUGACACCGCCUUCCUCAGCCGCAUCCACGUAGCGCUACACUACAAGAACCUUGGCGAUGAGGAGCGCGAGCGCAUCUGGACGCACAACUUUGACCGCUUGGAUCGCGAUUCCCGCGGCAAGAUCCGCGUCGCCAUUGCGGCCCGCGAGUUCGUCUGGUCCAGCCAAGAGGUUCGCGCGCUCAAGUGGAACGGCCGAGAGAUUCGCAACGCGAUGCAGACGGCGCUGGCGCUGGCCGAGAGCGAUUCCAACGAGGAAGGUCUGCAGACCAUUACUAUCGGCGAAAAGCACAUUCGCGCUGUGGUCAAGAUGAGCAAGGGCUUCAAGGACUAUAUCAAGUCGGUGGUGCCCCUGGACUCCGACGAUGCUGACUACGAUGGAGAUGGUGAUGAUGAGACUUUUAAUGAGUGA